GGCAUUCACUGGAGUAUUGAAUUACAGUGAUCGUGGCUUAACAACAGCUUCGUGCUCAACAAUGCUCUAAAAUCUGUGUCGCGCGAGAAGAGCGGGCUUGACGCUUUCUUAUUUACCUGACAAAUCGUUCUGUAAACACAUGUGAGCUUCGUGGAUUGAUUGUCAACAAAUUCGUAUUCGGCACUUGAGGUUUUUAUCCGUUUGCUGUUCUCGCCUCGAGGGCUUUAGAGUUGCGUGAUCACUGUAUCGUAGAAGCUGAGUUGUUAACACCGUUUUGACGCCUAAAGUUAUCAAGCCAGCCACUUCAAAGAAUUGUCAUAAAGGAGGAUCAAGAAAGGCUAGCAGGAUGCUGAAACGAAUCCGAAAAACUAGUAAACAGAUGAGUCGUGGGAAGAGCGCCAGUAGUCUUGAUGGUCUGGACAGCGGUGAAACAGUAGUAGUUGAUCCUGAAGUACCACAGGUAGCCAAUGAAGUCAAGAGGAGUUCUUCUGUACGCAAGAAAUCCGCACAAGAAGAGGGCAACAGAGGGAAGGAAGAGAAGAAGAAAGAAAACAAGAAAAAAGAAAAAGAGAAAGAUGAACAGAAUAUAGAAGUAGAAAACGUCUUGAAAGAAGUGGCGAGUUUGAAGAAUGAUCUUCAAUCUAUGGGCGAGCAGCUUGAACGAGAAAAAGCUCAUAAUGCCGAGUUAAAAGCCAUUAAAACCCAGCAGAUAUCAGCGUUAACGGUCAAACUAGCGACCGCUAUUCGACAGAAAGAAGCAGCGGAGGCAAAGAUGCAUCCCAGUCACAUGACAAACGAUUCUGCUGACCCAGUCCCCUGUCAGACACAGGAUGCCCAAGAGACAGAAAACGUGUCCCUAAGAAAUGAAGUAAGGUAUUUGCAUGGAGAAGUGAAAAGACUUGAAGAGCAACUGAAAGCAGAGACGCAACACGAGUCCACUCUGAGGGACCUUAGCAUUCAACUAGCAACCGCUGUGCAGCAGAAAGAGGAACUGGAAGCAUUGCGGGCUCGUGAGUUAAAAGCUAAUAGAGAAGAUUAUCAGAAGAAGUGCGAGUCGCUUAUGGUAGAGAUUGAAAGUCUAAAAAGUGAAGUGCAGCAAUUGAAUUCAAGGCUGCAAAAUCAAGAUGAAUUAGAGACUGAAAGGAAGACGCUCAAACAAUAUUGCAAAGCAUUAGAGAGUGAAGGCGAGAAGCUUCGUGGGGAGCUGGGGCGAGCCAGAGACAAAUUGCGUUACUUUGAGGAGUCACGCAACAGUCAGCAAACCGUGGAGCUGAAAGAGGGGGAGUCAUUAAGAAGAGAAAUCAGCCGAAUUACUGACGAGUUAACUAACCUGAGUAGGUUAAAGGAGAAAGAAGGCCAAGAGUAUUUAGAAAAAUGCGAAUCCAUGAACAAAGAAAUACGAUUACUGAAAGAUGAGUGUUCUAAACAAGAGAAGGGGAUUGAGAAACUUCAGGUUGAACAUGAAAAAGACUUAGAUUCCAUGAGAAAGAAGAACCGUCAACUCACGGAAGAGUUAAAUAACGAGAGAAAGUUAAAGGUGAAAGAUGCUAAAGAACAUUUUGAAAAAUGUGAAUUUCUGACAAAAGAGAUGCAUCGGCUGAAAAAUGAAUGGUCAAAUAAAGAAAAGGAAUAUAAAAGGAUGGCGACAGAACAGGAAAAAGAAUCGAAGUCCUUAAGGAAAAAGAAUAAUCAACUCGAAGACGAGUUAACCAAUCAGGGGAAAUCCAAGGAGCAAGAGGCCCAAGAACAUUCUGAAAAAUACGAGGCCUUGAAAAAUGAAAUGCAGCAACAGGGAAAAGAAUGGUUGAAACAAGACAAAGAAAGUCAUAAACAAAUUGAAGAGCGCGAAAAAGAGUGUAAAUCUUUGAGGGACGAAGUGAGAAAGCUGAGAGAUAACCUUUCCAAACAAGAUUUGUCCAGGAAUGAUGAAGUGGCAGGCUUUCUUAAAGAAAGAGAAGUACUGAGGAAAGAAUUACGAAGGAUAACGGAGGAGCUCUCUAAGCAGGAAUCGGCUAGAAGGGAAGAACAAGCAGAUCAGGAAAGGCGCUGUAAGGCCUUGAAGAGUGAGGCAGAUAAGCUACACGGGGAAGUCCUGCGACUAAAUAAUAUUCUUUACAACAAGGAGCUAGCGGAGGACGAAGAGCGCGCUCAACUUGCCGCUCAAGUCACGAGCGCAACACGAGAGAAAGACGAAGCACUGGAAGAGGUCGAGAAACUUCGUGCAGAGCUGAAUCUAUUGACAGAAAUAACGGAUACAACGAUAAAAAGAGAUAUCGAAGGAACACGAAGCAAUAACCCAAAUACUCGUCGUAAAGAAAAUUCUUCAGCGAGUUGCGCGAAGGUAGAUUCCUGGGUAUGCAACCAAGGCAUAAAUGGCGAGGGGAGAGUCGAAGCCGAAGCGACAACAAGUGGCCUUGACAUGCCGCGCAAGACUGGAUACCAGCCACGUGGUGAUCAGCAUCAAUCCGAGAGUGUUCUCAAGGCAAACAGAGUAAUGGAUGGUCCAAUAGAAGCAGUCCUGACACGUGGCACCACGUGUAUGACUCCACCCUCUCCAAGCGACCAAUCGGAGAACAAUGACGCGACGGAUGGUUCAGAGACUGGAGACAAGAACCAGGAAGUGAUCGCCGAGUUUCACAGAAUUCAGAAAGAGUUGGCGGAAAUGAGGCAAAACAUGGCCGUGGUGCAGGCACUGAAUGAGAGACUUUCAAAUGAUCUUAAAUUUCUUUCGGAAAAACGCGACGUUGUGAUACGAAAGAGCACAGGGUCACGACGCGUGCGCAGGAUGGCGUCCGCUGAUAAAACAAAUGCGGGCUCUGCUCCAACUAAAUUUAUUUUCCCCGAAGUGACCAAGGGGGAUAGUGAGCAAGACGUCGAGAAAAUGAAGGAAUUAGAGACAAUGAAAGACGACGAGAAAAUGAAAAACAUCGAGGGAAAGCCCUACGAAGACGACAUAGAAUCCUUCAGCCCUCCAAAUGAAAAUCAAAGGGUCGAAGAUAAAACAAGUGCCGUUAACGCAUAUGAGCAAUGGAAAGACAAGGAAGAAGACGUGAGAAAUCAGCUCUCAAAGGCACUGGCAGAACUGCACAGUCUUCGCAAUGACAACAAAGAGAUCAAGGAACAAAUGCGGACCAUCGCCGCGUCCACCGCCGUGCCCAGCGCCAGCCACCAAGAAGAGGACUUCUUUCUCAGAACCACACAGUUCACCGACGGGCUUCUGCGCGAGAUGCGAGCACGUGACCUCCAUAGCAGCCGAGAGCGCGUGCUCAGUAGCACAGGGAUCGACGAAGGUUUCCAUGGUGAAAACAGAAGCCCCCGCAGCCUAGCGUCUAGUCCGCGGAGGGAGAGAAGAUGUUCGAGUGAGGUGAGCCCGCGAGGAGACACCACACGGUACAGCCUGACCACUAGUCCCAGACAUGCGACUGAUAGUGGUUACCUUGGAGACAGCAGCCCUGAACUCUUCGGUAAGCCUGUGGUGGACGAGGUAUUCCAAGAAAGACUAGGAAGACCUUCGCGACGUUCUCUGGACAUGACGCAGGAAAGUGACCACGAAUUCCAGGAAUUAUUUCACAAUAGAUCCAGGUCAGCAGAACCAACAGUUGAGUCGUCGCGCUUUGAGCCCUUCCAGCGGUCAUCUGGCGUUAGAGCACACAGGUAUUCCGUUCCCAGCAAGCUUGGCGAGGUCGAGUUGAGUAAGUCUGAUGGUGCUGCUGCCAUGAGACGAAGUAUUGAUAUCUGGGGGGAGAGGGUGAGGCGGCCGCUGGAGCUGUCCAAGAUUUGGAAGUCAUCAGAAACUGUUACGCCAGCUAUGAGCGUACCAGGGUACAAAGACUACCUACAGAGACACAUUGUAAAGUCCUCGAAUCGUAUUGCUAAGGUAAGGGACUUGGCGCCAGAAGAGCUCUACCAUCUUCCCAUAUGAGGACCAUGGCUAGAUUAACGCAGCAAAGUUUAAGAUCUAUGAACCAUAUAUUGCAAAUGGACUUGGUGACAGAGGAGCUCUACCAUCUACCCAUAUGAUAACCAUGGCUAGAUUAACGCAGCAAAGUUUAAGAUCUAUGAACCAUAUAUUGCAAAUGGACUUGGUGACAGAGGAGCUCUACCAUCUACCCAUAUGAUAACCAUGGCUACAUUAACUCAUUAGAGUUUCAGGACUACCUUCUUGCUGACACUUAAUGUCUUUAAGCCAUAUAUUGCUAAGGGAUAUGGCGCCAAAAGUACUCUACGAUCUACCUAUUUUAGGAGCAUGGCUAGUAGCGCAUCAGAGUAGAAGGCCCGCUUGUCAUAUAAGAAAUCAAGUUAAACUGACCUUAUAUACGCAAAAUGAAGUGCUUUGCAGCUACAGUGUUUUAGAUUUCGUACCAAACCUCAAAACUGCGAUUUUAUUUGCACGUGCGUCGCGAUUAUUACUAUCUAAUUUUUAUUUCAGGAUUUGCAAACUAGAAGCAUUGGUGAUUAUUUUCGCCAAAGAUCAGAUCGAUCGCACGCUUUAAGGGGGGGUACUAAACGGGUUUCAAUUUGAACGAAUUUUUUAAAGCAAUUACCCGCGAAAGGCCUUAAGGUGAUGUUACACGCGUCGUUUUCCCGCGAUACACCGUUGCGUUGCGUUUUCUCGCAACGCCUUCCCUAAGUACAUUUCGCAAUGCUGUCUAUAACAAGGUGGCGACAGUGGAUUGGGAAGAUAAGGGGAUAAGUUAUUUAGUAAAAAAUCCACGCAACGGCGUACCGUGGAAACUUCGCAAAAAAAAAAACGACUCGUGUGACAUCGCCUUUAGUAUACUUCACAUUUUUCGGUAUUGAUCGUACCGCUGUACUUUUCGCAUUUUCUUCUCCGGCAGUUAUACGGAGUUCCGCACUCAACAAAGUCUAGUUGUGACUGACUGACUGACUGACUGACUGACUGACUGACUGACUGACUGACUGACUGACUGACUGACUGACUGACUGACUGACUGACUGACUGACUGACUGACUGACUGACUGACUGACUGACUGACUGACGACUUGUGCACGAGCGUGCGAAAAGGGGGCCGAACCAUCCCUUUUAUAGCGCGCGUUCGUCUUUAAGAAAGAAAUCGAAGAAUGUGGUAAUUUAUUAUUACAAGUACGUGUGAAGGAAUUUGGAUUCGAUGUAAGCGAUUUAAAUUCGUUGUUUUCAAAAUGUUAUUCAAAGAAAAGUGAACAGACCAAUUUUAUAUCCGGGUGAGAAUUGAGUGAUUCUUUUUUUUCUAUACGAAUGAGUGCCAGGUAUCAAGUGUGUGAAAAUACUAGUCAAAGUGUUAAAAUUCUAAAUUAAAAUAUAAUUUAUGUUGUG